AAACAGCCAGCCAGCCAGUGUCAGUGCGCACUCAAACCUCGAGCGGUGUGGACGAGCAAUCAGGGCUCCUCUCUGGCUGCCACCCGCCUCACUUCCCCCGCCUCUCUGCCACACACCGGGGCGGGUUUGCCUCUCAGUGCGUCUGUGACUGGAAGCACGGGUCCUGUCACGCCAGUCCCCCGUGCCCCGUGGCUUGUGUUCACUUUACUAGCAGCACUACAGAGGAAAAAGAUAAUUUAAUAGAUUUAGCGUGUGUGUCGUCUUCCGCUCCUGUACCUGCUGUCUAUCUCGUCCUUCUCCUCCACUUAAGGAUAUGGAGGUCUGAAGGAUUCCCAGGACAUAUCAUGGACUACACAGGCUAAUGCGGUGGGCGGUGAUGGUGGGCGGAUAGCCUCUGCAGCAGCAGCAGCAGCAGCAGCAGCAGCAGCAGUCGGCGCCAGGAUGCCGCGGGUGUCGCUGCGGCGCGGCCUGCUGUACCUGUCGGCGGCCACCACCUGCUCCCUGCUGGUGGUGACGGUGCACCAGCCCGGAGGCGCCUGGCUCAGCCCCGCGCCGCCGCCCUCCCAGCUCACGUUGCCCCGCGCGCCGCACCUGGACCACCCCGUACUGGAGCUAGAUGACGGGGCGGAGGCGCGGCCCAGCGCUGACGGCGACGGCGACGGCGAGGAGCAAGGCGUGGCACACGCCCUGCUGCCUAUGCCGCGUCCGCGCCCACUGCUCAACGUGACGCUGACCACGCUUCCGCCCGAGCAGCGCCCCUGGUACCUGGCGGGCGGGAGACAGCGCCCGGAGGUGCCCGCCGAGGGCGACCAGUGGACGCGCACGGCGUCGCUGUGGCCCGACGAGGACUCUGGCGACCGUAUCGUGGAGCAGCUCAUGUUCCGCCCGCCGCUGCCGCCGCCUCUGGAGGACCACCCGGACCCCGCCGCGCCGGACCGCGCGCCACCCACCUCCAAGAAGAUCCUCAUGUACAACGGCAUGAACUCGUGGGGCCUGAAGGCGGGGCGCGGCCAGUUCCUCAAGCUGCGCUGCCCCGUGGACACCUGCGUGCUGACGGGCAGCAGGUCCGAGCUGACCACCGCGGACGCCAUCCUGUUCAAGGACCACUUCAGCAUGCCGCCGCACGCGCGCGACCCGCGGCAGGUGUGGGUGAUGUUCAUGCUGGAGUGCCCGCUGCACACGCAGCACUUCACCAACAGGGACGUCUUCAACUGGACCGCCACGUACCGCCACGACUCGGACAUCGUGGCGCCCUACGAGAAGUGGGUGUACUACGACCCAGCCGUGAGGCAGAAGCCGCAGGAGGUGAGCUACGCCGCCAACAAGACCAAGCAGGUGGCAUGGUUCGUGUCCAACUGCGGCGCGCGCAACAACCGCCUGCAGUACGCCAAGGAGCUGGCCAAGUACAUCGGCGUGGACAUCUUCGGCGCCUGCGGCACCAAGCGCUGCCCACGCUCCAACUCCGCCCGCUGCUUUCAGAUGCUCAACAAGGACUACAAGUUCUACCUGGCCUUCGAGAACUCAAACUGCCGAGACUACAUCACUGAAAAGUUCUUUGUCAACGGCCUCAGGGGCCUUCCGAAACAAACAAGCCAUCACAUCCUGCCGAUAGUGAUGGGGGCGCACCCUGACGACUACGCCCACCAGGCCCCUGAGAAGUCCUACAUUCACGUGGAUGACUUUGACUCUCCCAAGGAUCUCGCAGACUACCUUCACCUGCUGGACCAGAAUGACGACCUUUAUAACGAGUACUUCAGGUGGAAGGGAACCGGUGAAUUCAUCAACACUUACUUCAUGUGUCGCCUGUGCUCACUCCUUCAUGACGAGGGGCACCAGCAACACUAUGAGGAUAUCAACCACUGGUGGCGCGGCGGUGGCACCUGCAUCAACGGGUCCUGGAGGAAGUACGACAGGUUUAAGCAAGAGUCGGAGAAGAAGAAGAAGGCACCAGGUAGCAGGUAGAGGGAGGGAGGGAAUUAGGGAAAUGACAAAGAGGUGCACAGGUUAUCAUACAAAGUCCCAGGUGUGUGUGUCUGUGCGUGCGGUGUCCUGAUCUCUCGAACGCUGGUUGGGUUAUGUGUUUGUUUUUUAUCGUCUGACUUGCACGGUUCUGGCGGUUUUAAAGGGGUGAGGGGGUUUGUGCAGAUACAGUCCAGUCAUGUAUAAAUCUUUACUUAGAAGGACUUACGUGUGUGUGACUGUGUGUAUACAUGUAUGUGUGUGUGUGAAGUGUGGAGUCCGUAAUUGUUAAUGGAUAUCAGUGGUAUUUAUUCUUGUUCAUCUUUGACCAGAAAAGAUUUACAGGGUAACUCUGCUAAGCUUCCCAGAGCAUGUGUGUGUGUGUGUGUGUGUGUGUGUGAGUGUGAGUGUGUGUGUCACUGUCUCUCAUGCAUACAGUACUGACUCAGAUACGACACUGAACUGAAGUGUGGCGUGGUCUGUGGUGUGUGUGGUAGUGUGGCAGUGUGGCCCAGUGAUGCUUCUAAGAUGUCAUAAAAUGGCACGUAAUCAGAGCACCACUUGAAGAGGACACCAUUGGGUUGAUACAGUAAAGUUCUCUAAGGAAGCAGGCAUCAGAUUCUUGGCUUGUGGAGUGCGUGAAGUGCCAAUAGAUCCCAUAAUACUGUGUUGUUGUGUUGCGUCUCUCAAGCCAGAAUGUUGCCUGGUAGAUACCUUUUAGAUGUGACUGGGCAAUCCUAACCUAACGUCACUGGGUCAGCAUCACAUGUGAUCAUGACAAUAGAAGCAACUGUAUAUUUUGACAAGUAUAGACACAGAAUUCACUGGAUAUUGUACCACUACUUAGGACAACUGUACUGUAUAUACCGUUGCACAGAAACUUAAACGAAGGCUGAUGGAAGACUUUUAUCCUCGGCACGUACGUCUAGAAGCACAAAGCAGCGUCCCCAAGUGCUGCAUGAGUCAUCCAUCACUUGUACCCCAGUGUGUGUGUCUGCCAGGAGUGUGUAGCCUUUAACAAUACACCAAAGACCUUGUAUAUAAUUAACCUACGCCAGAGCAUUUUGUAUACUCUUGGUGAUCUUGUUGACGGCUGUUUUGUACCAGAAAUGCCCUGUCUGGUGAAGGGAACUGGUCACUAUGAGGUGUGAGGACUGUGAGGUGUGUAACAAGCAUAACUAUUAAUGGUGCUGAUUGCUGACUGACUGACUGACUGACUGGCUGGCUGGGGUGUGGAAGCAAGGUGGGCAUUCAUCUGUCAUUCAUUCAGGUGUGCAUUCAUAACCCUUUUCAUCUGCUGCUGGUGACAACUCCCAUUACUUUAUUGGAGGAUGUGAUCUUACUGAGCUAAAAUGGUAUAGAAUAAUGAUUCCAUAAACUGCUUUUUUUUUUCUUCUUCUUUUUUUCUUUUUUUGCCAGUGGUAUAUAUCUUUUGAAAUUUAGACUCGAAACUUCCACUGGAUCAUUUAAUCAAAUUUGGCUGUCAAAAUUUUAACUACAUACUCUAGGAGGUUUGAUCUUUACCAUCAUUCUCUGCUUUUGUUGCUGAUGCUGUGUGUCUUUUGAAAUUUAGACUCAAAACUAGCACCAGAUCAUUUCAUUAAACCUGACCCUUACAAAAACUGAACUAGAAGAUUUGAACUACACCAUCAUACACUCCCAUCACCAGUGCUGUACCUCUUUUGAAGUCACACUCAAAUCUUGCACCACAGCACAUGCAUGAGCUUAAUUAGAAGCCACAGCAGUGAAAAGGGUUAGUGGAGAAACCAGGAUGACUUGGAUUUGAACUAAGAGUGUUGAAUUUCACUAGUAUAUAAUUAGAUAGAGUGAAAUUGUGGGCUAAAACAGAGAAGAGCGUUGAUGAAUGAGUGUCUGAAGUGUUGAAGUCUAGAGAGGUGUAAUUUGUGAGUCUUUAAUAUGAGGAUCUGUUUUGGCUUCAUGGAGUGUUGAAAUCCAGGGUAUAUAAUUAAGAAGAGGGAAAUUUACAAUAAAACUGAGAGGAACGUUAAUGAAUGUCUGAUGAAGCACUGAAAUUUGGAGAGGUGUAGAUUUGUGAGUCUGGUAACAUUGCGACAAGGAACGUUGAAAUCUGUACUGUGUGAUGAAGGAGACUGAAAUUUUGGACUAAAAACGAGAGAAAUGUUAAUGAAUGAUUGUCUGAUGAACUGUUAAAAUCUGGAGAAGUGUAAAUUUGUGAGUCUUCAAUAUUAUGACAAGCUGUUUUGGCCUCUUGUUUUGAAUUAGUGUAGCAAAACAUAACAUCUCGAAUUCCUACGUAUGUGUGUGUGUCUCUUUCUCUCUCCCCAGCGGGUAGAGCAAGUCAUAUCCCAAUGCCUGUGAAUAAUAAUGCUGUAGUGUUAUCAGUGUUAGCAAUGUUUCUGCCAUUACCACAUGGUUUUGUUUUGGGAAUGUGUGAGGCAGAGAGGAAAGAAUAUGAGACGUGAGUGUUUGAGUGAGUGUACGUAUAUGUGUGUGUGUGUGUUUGUGUGUGUCAAGCUUAUUAUAUCCUGGUUUUUAGUACUAAAUUAUGUUUUUCUACAUUUUUUUUUAUGUAUAUUCUUUGCUGACACACAUUCCACUUCAUUAGUAAUGCAUUCCUCUGAUCAGUGUUUUGCUUUAUUUAGAGUACUGUAUUGCUGCAAAUUCUUACCUCCUCUCUUGUUAAGCUGCUAUUUCCUUCAAGCUGGAUUUCCUAGUUGAUAUAAACCUUCUGUAUCUAUCCUUUCUUUUGUGUAGCUUUUGUAGCACAUAUACCAUAAUCAUACCUCUUUUGUGUGUGUGUGUGUGUGUGUGCAGUGUAGGUGAAAUCACACUAGAGGCAACACGCAGCCCUGUCAGCUUUAUAAUAUAUGUAUAUAUUUUAGAUGUACUGUGAGAUGGACUGAGAUAUUCUUAUGUGAUGACAGUGAAGGGAGGAACGGAGGCGCUGGUGUUGUAAUCGCUGGGGAAGAGUCGCUGGUCGAGGUCAAUAGAGUGUACAGCUCAUCCCAGAAGUAAUGUCACAGGUUUCAUUAGCUUACAUGGGAUACUGUGACAAAUAGUAACUCCAUUCCCUGAAGAUUCUAGUUCAAAAUUAGUGGCCAUUUUUACUACUUAUGCUUUUCGCUGCUCUCUUCAUGGGUUGCCACAGUGACCAGUAUGUUCGGUUUUCUGUGCUGCCCUCUGUCACACCCACCACUUGCACGUCUUCUUUUGCUGCAUCCAUAAAUCUCCUCUUUGAUCUUCACUUCGUUGUUACUUAUGGAUGAUAAAUGAAGGAGGAAGAUUUGUCUGGUGAUCUGAUUCAGUGUACAACUUAUCAUUCAUUCCUUGAAGAGUCUAGCUAAGGGGAAAAGCUAUAAGGGUCAUUGUACCUUGUAGUUUGUAGAUGAAAGGGAAAAGAUUCACUUGCUGUUCUGAUUCAUUAUAACCUACCUGUAAUUCCUUGAAGAGUCUGGAUAAAGGGAAAAGUUGAAAGGGUGACUGUUCCUAGUUAGAGGGAGAGAUAUAGGGGUGACGGUACCUUACAAAUUACAAAAGGAAAGGGAAGAGAUUCAAAAAGAUUCAUGUGAUAAUCUGAUUCAUAGCACUUUCCUUUCAAUAUUGUUCUUAUUUUGAAAUCUGUUAAUCUGUGGCAUGAUCUUGUACCUUCCUUUUUAUUUCAUUCAUUCCAUUCAUACUGUGAAAUGUUUUAAUCUGUGACAUUACUUCUCACUGUAGCUGUACGUAUAUAUAGGUGUAGUCAUAUAUAAAACCUCCAUAGUCAGUGAAGAGAAGGAAAGGGAAGCAGGGAUGACAUGACAAGUGGUUAGGAAUGGACUUAACUUCUUAUUCAAUGUAUACUGUGAUAUAAGCAGUAGUAGACCCUAUGAAGGGGACAGUGCAGGGAGCGUCCGUGUAUAGGAAUGUGUGUGUGUGAACGUAUGUGUACUUGUGUAGGUGUGUGCGUGUGUGUGUGUGUGUGUGUGUGUGUAUACAACUGCAUAGGGACUGCCAUGUGAAGGUAUGAUGGCUUCUUGCAGCUUCCCUUAUUUUCUUAUAUUUUUAAGUUCUAAUGUAUGUACCUGUGUGUGUGUGUGUGUGUGUAAGAGGGUCACUGGCAAAGGCCUACAAAAGCUUAAUGAAAAAAAAAGGCCUACUGACAUGCCGGUCCCUAAAGGAAAGGGCCAAAAAGAAUCAUCCGAAAUCGUGUGUGUGUGUGUUUGCGUAUAUAAUAACAUUAAUAAUAAAUAGUUUAUAUAGGUUGCAGCUGCAAGGCUGAAAAUAUGUAUAUGAAUAAUAUUGGGUUGAUUUUUGGUGGUUAUAGAGUGGAGGAGCAUUACAGUGUGUGUGUGUGUGUGUCUCUGUGUGUGUAUCCAGCUGUAAGUUAUGGAAGUGAGAUUAUAAGUGUGAGGUUCUGUCUACUUGUGUGUGUGUGUGUGUGUGUGUGUGUGUGUGAACUAGCAGCAGACCUCCACUGGCAGAAUAAUCAACAGAAGUGUCAAGGUUAUUUCAAUGCUAGUUCUUCUUCAUUAUCAUUAUUAACUUAUUUGUACACACACAGAGUUACUACAAGUGUACUACUAUGUACUAUUACCACUUGUGCAUUGUUUGUACAUGUUGUGAAAGUAGUCAUUAAGGAUAUUUCAGUUUGUACAUUUAUCUUUAUAUAUAUAUAUAUAUAUAUAUACUCGUAUAUAUAUAUAUAUUGAGUUUGGUUUUCUCUUGUGAUAUACUUCAAUACUGUGUACUGUGUUGUGGUCUUUGGGGUGUUUGUUCUUAAUUUAUUUGUGUGUGUGUGUGUGUGUGUGUGUGUGUGUGUGUGUGUGUGUGUGUGUGUGUGUGUGCGCGCGCACAUAUUCCUUCAGGCAGGGACAGGAGCAGCAGGAAAUAUAGAAAAAAAAAAAAAAAGCUGCAGAAAUUAUAAAGAAUUGUCACCAGAAAAAAAAGAAAAAAAGAAUGAAGUAUAGAAAUGGAAAUAUACAAAAAUGGUAAUGGAUGAAGCUGAUAAAAAAAAAAAAAUAAAUAAAUAACAAAAAUAAAAUUCUGAAAGACUCAAAACACAUGAAUUAAAGCCACACAUAUUUGGAUUUACACCCGGUGCAUCAUAUGGUUAAAUUCUCGUAUUUAAAUGUGAUAUAUUUUUGGUUAUUUUAGUUCAGGUAAUGAAAAAAAAAGUUUCAUUUGCCUUAGUCAAAGAAACAAAUGUGGAUUAAUUGUACCUUCCUUUCCUGAUACAAUGGAGGUGAUCAUGUGUUACUGAAAUAGAUAGGUCUUUUUUAUUAUUAUCAUUGUUAUUAUUAUUAUUAUUAUUAUUAUUAUUAUUAUUAUUAUUAUUAUUAUUAUUAUUAUUAUUUACUUAUUUAUUUAUUUAUUUAUUUUUUUUUUGUUUUUUUGCUCCGUUGUUCCUCCUAAUUUGCUUUCAUAGUUCCUCAUUAAGUAUUGUGGCCGGCGGUGAUGUGCGCCGUGUAUCAUGUUUGUCUGUCUGUCUUGUAUGACUGAUACUGAGAAAUUUUGUGUUAAACCCAUUCUGGAAAAAAAACAUUCCUUGGAUUUGUCGAGGUGAAGAGAGGGAUAGCUCUCUCUCUCUCUCUCUCUCUCUCUCUCUCUCUCUCUCUCUCUCUCUCUCUCUCUCUCUCUCUCUCUGUAAAUAGCACAGUAAAGUAUAAAUGAAUUGGAUCAGAGACAAAAGCAAUUUCAUUCAAUACAUAGCAUUGCUGAAAGAUUAUAUAAACUUGCUCAAUCACUUUUUCUGUCAGUUGUAGCUCUCUCUCUCUCUCUCUCUCUCUCUCUCUCUCUCUCUCUCUCUCUCUCUCUCUCUCUCUCUCUCUCUCUCUCUCUCUCUCUCUC